AUGAAUGCUAUUUUAGAAGAUAUAAUUUGUGAUAUUGGAGUAGAUGCUUUUAAGAAAACUCAUGUGGAAGAUACUUUGCAAAGAGACCUCGAAGAGCCGUUAUAUUCAGGAUGCAAAUUUUUUACAAGAUUGUCAGUUAUAUUAAGAUUAUUUAAUCUUAAGGAAAAAGAAAGAAAUGUUUCUAGAAGGUAUGAAAACUUGAAGGAGUGCUCGAGGUGUAUGGAGUCACACUACAAGAAGAAGGACACCAUUGUUGAAGAUGAUGAUGAUGUAACUAGAAAAGGUGUUCAUUCCAAGGUGAUGUGGAAAUUAAUCAAACUACACAGCUUUGCACGUUUGGCUUCAACGGAUACAAAAGACAUUGACACAUUUUUCUAUAAACAAACAUUAGAUCAUUUCAAUUAUAAACCUGAAAGCUAUAAUACUUUUGAUCAAAGAUAUUUGAUCAAUUUUAAAUAUUGGGGUGGAGCAAAUUAUUCUGCUCCAAUAUUUGUUUAUUUAGGUGCAGAAGACGCAAUCGAUCCUAGUCCUUAUUCAGUAGGAUUUAUGAUUGACAAUGCACCUACUUUUAAGGCCCUUCUAGUAUACAUAGAGCAUCGGUACUAUGGAAAAUCAAUACCAUUUGGAUCUAGGGAAGAAGCAUAUAAGAAUGCAAGUACUCUUGGGUAUUUAAACUCGGCACAGGCACUUGCAGAUUAUGCAGAUGUGAUUAUCCACAUCAAAAAAACAUUGCAAGCUCAAAAUUCUCCUAUUGUUGUAAUUGGAGGAUCAUAUGGUGGAAUGUUGGCUUCAUGGUUUAGAUUAAAAUAUCCUCAUUUGACUAUUGGUGCUUUGGCCUCAUCUGCUCCUAUCCUCAGCACUGAUGAUAUCGUUCAUCCCAAUGCUUAUAUGGAUGUUGUUUCAAGGGAUUUUAAAGAAGUCAGUGACACGUGUUAUGAAACAAUACUUAAUUCUUGGUCUGAAAUUGACAGAGUAACUUCUGAAACAAACGGUCUUUCUAUUCUUAGCAAAAAAUUCAACACCUGCAGUCCAUUGAACAACUCUUCUGAAUUGUCUCACUAUUUAGAAAACAUGUAUGUUUUUGCUGCUCAAUACAAUCAUCCUUCGAGUUCUCCGGUUACUACUAUAUGUAAUGGAAUUGAUAAAGCUUCUUUUGGAAAUGAUGUUCUUGAUAAAAUAUAUUCUGGCAUUGUGGCUUUCAUUGGAAAUGACACAUGUCAAAUUAAUGAUCCUACAUCUAUAUCUGAGACACCUAUAUCUGAGACUGAUAUUGAGACUGAGACAAGGAUGGGUUGGGGAUGGCAGAUAUGUAGCGAAUUGGUGGUACGACACGGAAUAGGAAAUGAUACUAUGUUUCGACCUUCCCCCUUUGACUUAGAGAAAUACAUUUCAAAUUGCAAGGAAGAAUAUGACGUUUCUCCUCGCUCACAUUGGAUUUCUACCUACUAUGGAGGCCAUAAUUUGAAGACGAUUCUUCAAAGAUUUGGAAGUAAUAUUAUUUUUUCAAAUGGGUUACAAGAUCCUCUUAGUAGUGGCGGAAUUCUACACGACCUAUCAAAAAGUAUUGUUGCUAUAUAUACAAAAAAAGGAUCUCAUUGUCUAGAUAUUCAGUCUUCAUCACCGAGUGAUCCAGUAUGGCUGAUUAAACAAAGAAAACAAGAAGUCAAGAUUAUAAAACGGUGGAUUGCACAAUAUUACACUGAUCUUGAUGCACUCCAUUGAGUACCACAUUUCCAAAAUAAUUUAUUUAUAGAAUAAAAAAAACAGUGUGUUUAUUAACUAUUGUCAUGCACUUGUCAGAGUAGUGUUUGAUAUUCUUAUGAAUCGUUGUGAUCGUUUUCUCUUUAUGUGUCCUUAGACUUUUUUUAUGUAUAAGAUAUAAUAAUAGUAAUCAUCUCUGAUGAUUACAAUUUUAUAUUGAUCAUGAAUAAUAUACUAUGGAAACUAUCAUUUGGAAAAAACAAAA